GUGUGUGUGUGUGUGAGAGAGAGAGAGAGAGAGAGAGAGAGAGAGAGAGAGAGAGAGAGAGAGAGAGAGAGAGAGAGAGAGAGAGAGAGAGCAUGUCUGACCGGGCUCGUCUCGUCAUGGUGGUUUUAUGUGCUGUAGAUUUGCAACGAAGUGAAGAAGAUAUGGCACGUGUCAUCAUGACCCCUUCCUGCAGCCGAAGGACCGAGAUCCUGGGGUCUCUUAUCAAUGGCAGAAUUGGGAGCAAUAAUAGCGUCUGCCAUUUCUUUCCGGAGAGAGGGAAGUAUGCAAUUGAAUUGGAUGGUCUGUUGCAGGGUCCAUGCUCCUUUUGUGGUUCUUUGAGAACAGAUUGCAGAGGGGUGAUGAUGAUGGUGCAGAGGUCUGGGUCGAAAGCAACAAGGGUAAUUAAGGGGAUGAAGGAUAUGGUUAGGGAUGACAGUUAUGCCUCGGAGUCGGAGUACGUGUCCUCUCCUUUUGAGAUGUUGCACGUUUUACCUCCUUGUGGCCGGUCAGCUGCACCUAUAGCCUCUCCAACUGCUGAUAGGAGUCAGAAGAGGUGGGUACUUCGCAGGGAUUCCAGGGUUGCUUUGCCCAGGGGGGCAUGCCUGGGUGGGGGCCAAUGGUAUAGGGGUCAGUACCAUCACGGGUGUGAGAGCUCAGCUCUCUUGCUGGGAAACAGGAUCCUCUGCCAUUGUCGAGGCUCUGUUCGAUUAGAUGAUGAUGAUGAUGAUGAUGAUGAUGAUGAUGAUGAUGAUGAUGUUGAUGCUGAUGACGAUGGGGGAAGAGUGAACAAGGAGUUGUCGUCGGAGAAGGGAAUUACAGGUGCUGAAGUUUGCACAGAAGAACAGGUCGCUGAAAACGUGGGCGAUGAAGGUGGUACCACAAGGACAGAAGAGGGGGUGAUGGAAUGGUUGCUGGAGUCUGGACUUAGUGAGUCUGAUGCUCAGAGAAUUGUACGUUGCGCACCUCAUUUCAUCCGUGAGUUGGCAGUCAAGAUGAGGGAAUUAGAACAGGACCUGGUCUUGCUGGGUGGAGGGGGAGAUGAGCAAGAUGAAAGGUGGUUUCGAGAUCAAGUGAAGAGGAUGGCAAGGAAAGGUGGGAGGACAGCUGUCGUUCCCUAUCUGGAGAGCUUGGGCAUUCGUGUUGGAGAUAUCCCAAGAAUCGCUCAGUUUACUCAGGGACAGCAAGUCUUGGAUGUUAUUGCAAAGGUGAGAUAUCUCGAAGAGCUGAUCAGCAAUGAAAAUGGCGCAAGCAGAGUGAUCCGGAGAUGCCUGAAGACCCUGUCUAUUCCACUGGAUGAGGAUCUUCAACUGACUGUCAAUUACAUUCAGAAGGUUUCAGCAAAAGCAGGCGGGCUGGAGCUCUUGCAUGGGAGGACUGCCAUAUCAAAUUUGCUGGAGGGAUUUCCUUCUGUGUUGGGAUGGAGCCUUGAGGACCAGAUGAAGCCUGUUGUCGCAUACUUGACGGAUGUGGUUAGAGUUGGGAAGGUAGUUGACGAUGGAAUGCAGACUUCAACGACAGAACAGAACUCUAGCUUGGAAGGACAAGGACAACAAACAGCCCACCAUAGCUCUACCCCUGAUGAAGAGACGCCAUCAUCUGAACUUACAAAUGGACUGCGGCAAGUUCCGCGUGAAGACCACCAGAGCUCAUGUUUCGAGGGACAAGGGGAAAGACCAUCUGGCUCGGUAAUGGGCGAAGAAGUGCGAUCAGCAUCAGCAUCUGAGCUUAUGAUCUGCGGUGAUGCCGACAGACGGCGAGUGCCGACUGCAGAACGGAAGUUGGAUUGGGAGUCGGCAGGACAAGAAACAACAACGUCUGAUUCAUCGAUUGAUGAUGAAGGGCGGGCAACUCAGCCGUCGGGCGUUGGUGGGGAAGUCGAUAGCAAAAAAAGGCGGCAUUCAAGUGCAGAGCAGCAGAAGUUAAGUUUGGGAGGAGUACAAGAAAAAACAUCAUCUUAUGGGGCAGUAAUGGAUGAUGAGCAAUCGACGAUGGGAGAGCCUACAAUUACCAGUGAAUUGCAAUCGGAACCAGAUUCAGAAUCAAAUUCAGCACUUGGGGGGGUGGGGUUGGUGAUCUUGUGUUUUCCGUACGUGUUGAAGUACGAUCCAGAGAAGGACAUUGCGCCAAGGUUAAGAAAACUGAAGAAGAUUGGGGUUCGAGCAGGGGAUCUUGGGAAAAUGGUCGCUAAGUAUCCGUGGCUUCUUGGCUCCAGCAUCGACAAGAACACAGAGGCAGUUCUCCAGUGUCUGAGAGAUACCAAGAUGCGUCUUUCUGACAUCGAUCGCUGCGUAACUCAAGUACCUCAUCUUCUCGGCUGCUCUCCUCAGCGGACAAUUUCCUUGUCAAUCGCUUACCUCAACAGCCUUGGAAUCAAGAGCAAGCGGUUAGGAUGGAUGCUUGGCGAGAAUGUUGCCAUUCUAAUGGCGAGUCCUCGACAAUUACAAAAGGUAGUCGACUUUCUGUUGGAAUUGGAUGUCCCGGAUGAGAAGCUUCCUAAAGUUUUGAUGAGGGUCCCCGAGCUUCUGACAGCUGACGUCGAUAAGACUCUUCGAAGGAAAGUGGAUUUCUUAGUGAAGGAGGUGGGAGUUCAUGCCCACCAUAUAGGAAGGAUUGCAUCAAGCUUUCCGGACAUGCUUCUGAUGAGCGUUGAGAAUGGGCUCCGUCCAAGGGUGCGGUACCUGCAGGAUCGGGGGCUCAGCAGGAGAGAGGUGGCGUAUAUGGUAUGCCGAUUUCCACAACUGCUGGGCUAUACUGUUCCCAAAGUUUUGAAACCAAAGUUGGACUUCCUUGUCGAGGAAAUGGGCCGGUCUGUUCACGAGGUUGUUGAGUUUCCGCGCUAUUUUAGCUUUCACUUGCAGAAGCGGAUAAUGAAGCGGCAUAUGCUUUUGCGAAGGAAGGAGUCGAGAGCCUUACGGUCUGGUGGACAGACAGUAGAAAAAGCUGAAAAAGUGAAGCUGGAGGCGAUGUUGCGGCCCUCCGACAGAGCGUUCGCCGAAGAACACUUAGGGGUCGAACAUCUUCUUCUCUUUCCGACAUCAGCUGUGAGUGGAAGUGCGAGAGCACCUCAGGGCUGCUGGUUGAAUGGAGGCAAUAGUGUCCAUAAAAAAUCAAUCCAGCUUGGAUCCGAAAAUUUUAGCCGGCAAAUGCAAGAAGGGGAAAGAAGCACUGGAGCACCUACAACUUCUACAAGUGUCUGCAGCAGGCGUGCAAGUCGAGAGAUCGAAGCUGAAAAGCAUGAAAUGCAGGUGAUGGGGAGACAACAGGGCAAGCAUUUGGCUGUUGAAAGCUGGGGAAUCCAUAUAAAAAGCACCGGAAUAAAUGCAAACAGUCUAGGCCAGGAGGCAGCCAGUGUGAAGAGCCAUGAGGCAGCCAGUGUGAAGAGCCAUGAGGCAGCCAGUGUGAAGAGCGAUGAGGCAGCCAGUGUGAAGAGCGAUGAGGCAGCCAGUGUGAAGAGCGAUGAGGCAGUAAGUGUGAAGAGCGACGAGUAAACAAGUGUGGCAAGCUUUGGCUACAGAAGCGAAGUGUGCAGAGGACAGAAUGAGACGAGAGCCCACUCGAAAGGGAAAGGGAAGCCAAAGGAAGGGGUGCAACUCGUGAAAGUCACAUAGUACAGGAUCAGCAGAAAAUCCAAGCUAUAUCACCAACCGUACUGACUUUCAAUGUGAUUGUUCAGACUUGUUCCCCCCUCCCCCAAGGACCAAUCAUACAGAGAGUCCAUCUAAUUUUUUGUACUCCACCUUUUCUGCACAACCAG